ACCUUGGUGGAAAAAGUCUGAGGUGGUGAUACUUCCACCAGUUGUUUGAACGUUGGAGGUUUGAACAUUCAAAGAAGACUCAAGUGCCAGACUUGUUUCCAAGUCUUUGUGAUUCUUGAACCCAUACAAGUCUUUGUGAAUCUAAUAAGCUAGUCCUUUUUGAAUGAACAAAAAGGACAAGCCAUUUGGAAGCUUUUCCAGCAGUCAUUUAGGACAUUCAAAGAAGACUCAAGUGCCAGUCUUGUUUCCAAGUCUUUGUGAUUCUUGGACCCACACAUGUGCUACAAGAGUUAUGCUUCAUCGUUUCUUAAUCAUAGAAAUUUCGUCGACCAGGUCAAUGAGGGACCUUGGUGGAAAAAGUCUGAGGUGGUGAUACUUCCACCAGUUGUUUGAACGUUGGAGGUUUGAACAUUCAAAGAAGACUCAAGUGCCAGACUUGUUUCCAAGUCUUUGUGAUUCUUGAACCCAUACAAGUCUUUGUGAAUCUAAUAAGCUAGUCCUUUUUGAAUGAACAAAAAGGACAAGCCAUUUGGAAGCUUUUCCAGCAGUCGUUUAGAACAUUCAAAGAAGACUCGAGUGCCAGGCUUGUUUCCAAGUCAUUGUGAUUCUUGGACCCACACAUGUGCUAGAAGAGUCAUGCUUCAUCAUUUCUUAGUCAAAGCAAUUUGUCGAUCAAGUCAAUGAGGGACCUAGGUAGAAAAGGACAGAUGUUGGUUUCUGGCCACUGUGGAAUUACCCAAAUGAAGGAUGCUUGGAACUUGGAAGCUCCAACGAAUAGGCCGGGAAGCUCAUCCAGAAGUUGUUUAGAAUAAUCAAGGUUCAGAACAAUUUCUUUUUUUAUCAAGGUGAUGACUACUAAAACGUACACUAGGGUUUUGACUCGAGGACUUGUUGAAUUUUCCAUUCCAAAGGUGCCUUUCUUCAUAUUCUUUUGGCCUACAUUAGAUUUUAAUACUGAGGCAACAAGUUUAUGUCAGGAUAUAUGUUAAGUACACACUGGCUUCUGUUCUGACAUGAUAAAUCGACUGUGUCCAACAAUUUCUCUCUUCAAGAACUAUUUCAUUGUGAAAGAAGAAAAACUAUAUUGGACUGAAGCAAUAGAAGAUUUUCAAGCCAUAUCUCUUCCAAGAACUUGGCAUUGAGAUAGGUGCACUCCAUUUGCUACAUAUCUACAUCCAUUUCAGGUGAAAAGAAAUCUAUAUUCAACUGUAGUACUUGAUCACCAUGUGUAAUCCUCUGCUAUCUUCUCCAUAUUACGUGAUGGUUGCUUCUAUUCUGCUUGUUUUUCUCUUUGUCAAUUCCCCCAUCUGUCCUGCUGGCUUCACUUGUCAAGACAAUGAGAGGCAAGCCCUCUUACAAUUCAAGAUAGGACUCAAGGAUCCUGGUAAUCGACUGUCUUCUUGGGAUGUGACCACCGACUGCUGCUUGUGGAAGGGAGUUUCCUGUGACAAUAGGACAGGGCAUGUAAUUGGAUUAGACCUUCACAAUGAUCACAAUGAACACCAGCACCGAUACCAGGAGCAGAGUGUUUCAGAUGACAGAUGGGCCUUGGGAGGUGAACUAAGUCCGUGUUUGCUCGCCAUCGAGCAUUUGACUACUCUGGACCUCAGUGGCAAUUACUUCGGAAAUAUGCUCAUACCUCGUUUCUUGGGCUCCUUCAAGCAGUUGGCCACUCUGAGACUGUCAAGAGCAGACUUUGGUGGAAGAAUACCUCACCAGCUUGGCAAUCUCUUGAGCCUGCACGAACUUGAUCUUUCGAACAACGGGCAUUCCCUCCUGCUUGACGAUUGCUGGUGGCUCUCUAAUCUCACCUCUUUGCAACACCUAGACUUGAGCUUUGUUAACUUUGGAAUUGCAACCAACUGGCUGGAGGCACUGAACGCACUCCACUCCAUACUCGAGAUACGCCUGUCUCAGUGUGGCCUUCUGAAUGGCAUUCCCAGCUCUUUUCAGCACUUAAAUUUAACAUCACUAGUCACCCUUGAUCUCUCAGAUAACUACUCCAAUUCUACCCUGCCUACCUGGCUGUUUGAUCUAAAAAGUCUUCAAAAUCUCUUCCUCAGAGGGAACUACUUUUAUGGCUCUAUUCCUGCGAGUAUCGGUAACAUGUCUUCUCUCACUGUACUAGAACUCUCUGAUAGGUUUUCUCUUAGAGGUUCAAUCCCCGGGGCUCUUGGGAACCUCUGUAAGCUGCAGCAGCUCGAUCUGACACGGUCACCUCUCAGACAAAAUUUAAGUGACAUGAAGGAAAUAUUUUCUGGAUGCGUCAAGAAUAGCUUAACAAAAUUGAGCUUGCGAGGUGCUUCUCUCAGUGGUUAUCUUCCAGAAUGGAUAGGGGAUUUCCAGAAUCUCAAAAUUUUGGAUUUAUCUAUGAACUCGCUAUCCGGUAAGCUGCCUUCCUCACUUGGAAGAUUACUAUCUCUACGACAGUUGAGUCUGUAUGGAAAUGAACUGAAUGGUGAUGUUCCGGAAACCAUUGGAUGGCUCUCAGAGCUAGUUAUCUUGAAGCUUGGCCUGAAUUCUUUCAAAGGUGGUCUGUCUGAGAACUUUUUUGCUAAUCUGACAAAGUUAAAGAACCUUGGUCUUUCCUCCACGUCCUUGGCUUUGAAUGUAAGACCAGACUGGAAACCUCUAUUCCGGCUCGAGUACAUUAACAUGAGUUCAUGCAUAUUAGGACCUCAAUUUCCUUCAUGGAUUAAAACACAAGAGAGCCUGUCCUCGCUGCACAUGUAUGACGUUAACAUUUCAGAUUCCAUACCUGAUUGGAUUUGGAACUUCUCAUCCAGCUUGGAGUUCAUUGAUCUCUCUCACAAUGGUAUCAGAGGUAUGCUGCCAGACUUAUCAGAGCUAGCUGACAGUAGGCUCACCUUUGUGGAUCUGAGUUGCAACUUGUUGGAGGGGACAGUGCCACAAUUUCCUAAAAGUAUAUCCUAUCUGUUUCUGUCGAAUAACUCAUUUUCAGGGCUUAUUCCUCCUGGCAUCCACAAUACAAUGCCCAAAUUGCAAUACUUGUUCUUGUCAAAGAACAAUCUUAGUGGCAGCAUACCUUUAUUUCCGUGUAAUUUGGAGGAGCUGAUAGCUCUCGAUUUAUCAGACAAUCAUCUAUCUGGAGAACUCCCUGAUUGCUGGAAGGGUUCUUCAAACUUGCAGGAUUUGGAUUUCUCUCAAAAUGAGAUAUCCGGACAGAUUCCCAUCUCAAUUUCUCAUCUGACAUCCCUGGAGCAUUUGAUCUUGAGAGGAAAUAGACUGUCUGGUGGUCUUCCGUCUUCCCUUGAUAGUUGUCGGGCAAUGGUGUUACUUGAUCUCAGUUAUAACCAGUUAUCUGGAGAAAUAACAUGGAUGGACAGAAGCUUCUCAAAUUUAAAAUUUCUUAACCUUAGGGCCAAUAUGUUCAGUGGCAACCUACCUCCGUUAUCUCAGCUAAAUUCUCUAGGAAUCUUGGACCUCUCGAGAAACAAUUUUUCUGGAAAAAUUCCCAAGAGCUAUGGUAAUUUUCGUGCCAUGUCUUAUUCCCUCAACCACGUGCCAAGUGAAACUGCUUCCUACUCCCGUGCUGCCAUGAACCUAGAAAUCAAGGGUCAUUAUCUCCAGUUCAGCAAUGUGCUUAAUCUGGUAGUGGCCAUAGAUCUGUCAAAAAAUCACUUAUUGGGACCUAUCCCUGAAGAACUGACAGAUCUUUAUGGAUUGGAAUUUUUGAAUUUAUCUGGAAAUAAUCUAACAGGGCACAUCCCAGACAAAAUAAACUUAUUAACGGUUUUGGAAGCUCUUGAUUUAUCAAGCAACGAUCUGUCAGGUGCAAUUCCUCCCAGCUUUGGUCAACUAAAUUUCUUGAGUAACAUGAAUUUAUCUUACAACAACCUAUCAGGAAGAAUUCCAAUUUCAGGUCAACUUUCAACUUUCGAUUCAACAAGUUAUGUUGGUAAUCAAGGCCUUUGUGGUAUUCCUUUGCAUGAGUGCCAAGAUAAUAAAAAAGACGAAGCUCAUUUAACCAGUCCUGAGAUUUGGUUGCACCUCAGUGCAGAGCUGGUCAUGAUUAUGCUUCUGCUAUAGCUGGUUAUUGGAUCAAAGUUCCUGGAAGUUGGCUGCCCCUUGGAGUCGGCAUCCAUUUCAUCUGUAAAAGCUGUGGAAAAGGUGAAAGGCACUUCUUAUUCCCAACUUAUAUGACUGCCACCCUGUUCUUUGCUUGAUCUUGUUGGGAUGAUGUGCCAGAACAUUGACCCUACAAAUAAGCCCUCUCUUGUUGGGAUGAAUUCCCUGAUUUCACUGCCUGAGCAUGUUUGCAAAUCAUUACAAAUGCUUAAUCCUUGUAUUUAAGAUGUUCAUGCAUAUCAUAAACCUUUAUCAUUAGUCUUGUUCA